GGUUCGGCCUUUAUUUCGUUGGCGCGCUUCUGUUUACCCGCGUUAUCGCACAGUUUGGCUAACUACACGGCUACGCGGUGCGGGAUUAUUACACGGCGCAUCAUGCUGGAUCAACCGUUCGGAGCGGACGAAUAUUAUUGAAUAUGGUAUUAAGUUUUCGAGUGUCUGAGCUUCAGAUGCUUCUUGGUUUUGCUGGUAGAAAUAAAUCUGGCAGGAAGAACGAGUUACAAGGGCGUGCGUUGGAAUUAUUACGCUUGAGAUCGUAUCCAGCUAUCCGGUUAAAGAUACGUGAAUUGUAUAAGACAAUACAAGCAGAUCAAAUGCAAGCCCAUCAAAUGUACGGCCAAACUGGUAAUUCCUCUGAGUCACAAAUUGACCAAAAUAUGCAUAAUAGAAAUUAUUAUACAAGACAAGCGAUUAGUCAGCAACAGCAGCAACAAUCACCUGUUUCCGCUGGGAAGGAGCUGCCUCCAGCGCAUCAAGCAUCUAUGCCUCAGGCUCCUAGGACCAAUCCAGUAUACCCAACAGCUGGUUAUACUAGCGUAGCACCACAAGUAUCACGAAGAAGGAAGAGGUGUCAAAAUAUUGGACGAAAAAGUAGAGCAGCUAAAAACCAAUUGCGCUAUAGAAAGGAAAAAUUAACAGCAAGCUCUACAUCAGCAAGCAACGAACAGACAAUAGAAGCAGCGACAAAGCAAUUGUUACAUAAUUUGUGCAAUAAUACGCGUACUGCAAAUACAGGAUAUAAUCCAUAUCAAUACCCAACCAAAGUCUUACCAGCACCAUUGCAAAUACAACCUACGAGCCAAUACCCAGUUCAUCCAGAUGUUAGACUAAAGAGACUUCCAUUUUUCGAUUUAUUAGGCGAAUUAUUGAAACCAUCUAGUUUAAUGCCACAGGGAUCGAUGAGAAUACAAGAAAAUACAUUCUUAUUUCAUUUGACUCCGCAACAAGCGACUGAUAUUGCCAGCGCACGCGACUGUCGAGCUGGUAGUAAAAUGGAUUAUGUUGUACAGGUACAAAUGCGAUUCUGUUUGCAAGAAACAUCAUGUGAGCAGGAAGACUAUUUUCCUCCAAAUAUUGGAGUAAAAGUUAAUGGAAAAGUGUGCCCCUUACCCAAUCCUAUACCUACUAAUAAACCAAGUGUAGAACCGAAGAGACCACCACGGCCUGUCAAUAUCAGUCCUUUGGUGAAGCUGUCCCCUACGGUCGGGAACGAAAUCCGCGUUACGUGGUCGGCUGAUUAUGGUAGGCGAUACGCAAUCGCGGUGUAUCUUGUUAGAAAAUUAACCAGCGCAGAAUUACUCACUAGAUUAAAAAACAGAGGUCCAAGGCAUUCCGAUUAUACUAGGGGAUUGAUUAAGGAGAAAUUAAACGAAGAUGCAGAUAGUGAAAUAGCUACCACGUCAUUAAGAGUAUCGUUAGCUUGUCCUUUAGGAAAGAUGAGGAUGUGUACACCUUGUCGCGCAUCGACAUGUUCACAUUUGCAGUGUUUCGAUGCUUCUUUGUUUCUUCAAAUGAACGAACGGAAGCCUACUUGGAAUUGUCCGGUUUGUGACAAGCCGGCACUCUAUGAUAAUCUCGUGAUCGAUGGAUAUUUCCAGGAAGUUCUUAAUUCAAAUAAGUUAAUGCCGGACGUAAAUGAGAUUCAAUUGUUGCAAGACGGUUCAUGGGAAAACUUAGUGAUAAAGAAAGAGAAAGAUAAGGAGAAAACUGAAACAAAAGAGCCGGCCGACUCACGGGAUAAUAAAAUUGAUGUAGACACCGUGGAUUUAGAUGAAACUAAUCCUACUACGCCGACACCAAAAGAGAAGAAGCGCGCUGUCAUUAUUGAUUUGAUAUCUGAUAGUGAUGAUGACGAUGAAGAUAACACGCCGACUCAAAGUACAAAGAAACCCGCUACUGGUAUUUCAUCGCCUAAGAAACCACAGACUAGCUCUAUUAGUAGUACGAGCGAAUCACCAGAAUACAUGAUAAUCGAUUUAGAAUAAAGAAUUGUGUGAUAUUACACAUACCACAGAGUUUUCGUCAAAAUUAGUUAUUUUGGAAAGAGCUCAAUGCUUUUCUUUAUUUACUAAACUCAAUCCGGAUUUAAUCGACAUAUUUUAUGCAUUAUUUUAUAUUCAUAGUGGGCUUUUGAUGGAGUUUAAAAUGUGUAAGACUUUUAUUUUUUGUAACUUCGAUAUACAACAUUGCAUAUAAUAAUUCAUGUAAAUACAAAUCAUCUUUUGUCCAAUUCCAUUUUUGGCGAACGGAAUAUAUUAAAAUUGAGAGUCUGAUCUUACUACAAUAAGUAUAUAAUACAAUUCUUAUAUUUUGAGAUUGAUCAUGUAAUGUGGUGUAAAUGAGAAUAAAGUUACCCUCGUUUUUUUGUAAGCUUCUUAUUAAAUAUAAGAUUUCUCAUGAUCAAACUGCCAAAUUCAUGCUUUAGUCAUCUUAUUUCUGUUAAGAUUGUUAUUUAAGUUUAACAUGGUUGGAAAAUAUUUUUGACAAUACUUAUUUUAAUCAGAGUUAAGACUCCUUGGUCUUUCACUAUAAUUAUAUUGAAUUAUCAAUGCAGUGAAUAAUAUUCUUAAUAAGAUUUACAAUUAUUUUUUGAUUUAUGAUCAAAAAGAAAAUAUUGCGUACAUCUCACAAAUCAAAUCUAGAACACUAGAAUUGUGAUAUACGAAAAAAUUAAUUUAUUUCGAUGUAUAGCAUGAAGAAAAAUUUAUACAAUUUCUCAUCAUAAUCCAGUAUUGCUAUGAUAAGAACUGGAAGCCUUAAUCGAUGACUUAUAUUAUGCCAUAAUAUCUAAUUUUUGUAUAAUGUUUAAUUACAUGAUCGGUUCAAGUGAAAAAAAAUUAUCGGAUAGUUGCUCUAUAAAAUUCUUGUAUACUUGGAACAUAUUAUAAAUUUUGUUCUUACACUAAUCGAGUGAAUACCCUGAUUUCUGACAAUAUAUAUUGUAACAACUAUGUUCACUCAAUAAGAUAGAGAAAAUGUUUUCAUUGCGGCGAUUAUUUAAUAUUUCGCUCUUUUGAGGAGAAGGGAGAAAUUAUUUUUAUUAAAAAAUAUUGAUAAAUUUUACUGGCAGAUAUAUAUAUAUAGAUGUAGAGAGUGAAAAUGUCUGUAUGUAUGUGUUGUGUCAAGUGUAUUUUAGAAGGAAGUAAUGUGUUACCGUCUUUUUUUUUUUUUUUUU